GAUAUCAUGCCAACUGAAUCUGUUACUGCUAGGUUCCAAUUUAUUGUGCCUAAAGAGUGGAACAGCAAAUACAGACCUGUAUGCAUUCAUCUUGCUGGAACAGGAGAUCAUCAUUACUGGAGACGACAAACACUAAUGGCUCGUCCUAUGAUUAAAGAAGCCUGAAUGGCCUCUUUGCUGUUAGAAAACCCUUAUUAUGGCUGCAGGAAACCCAAGGACCAGAUAAGGUCCAGCUUAAAAAACGUGUCUGACCUUUUUGUGAUGGGAGGAGCUCUUGUUUUAGAAUCUGCAGCGCUCUUGCACUGGCUACAGAGGGAGGGUUAUGGACCUCUAGGAAUGACCGGAAUAUCCAUGGGAGGACUCAUGGCUUCCUUAGCAGUAUCCAGCUGGCCUAAGCCCAUGCCAUUGAUUCCAUGUCUGUCUUGGUCCACAGCAUCUGGGGUCUUCACUGCAGGCGUGCUAAGUAAAUCAAUUAAUUGGAGGGAACUAGAAAAGCAGUGUUAUACACAGACAGUUUAUGAAGAAGAAAUUAUUCACAUGCUUGAAUACUGUGGAAAAGGUUCUUUUAAAAUGGGACAAGAGUUCGUGAAAUGCUUCCCUAGCAGUGCAGACAAGCUAACUAACCUUGAUCUGGUUUCUAGAACUUUAAAUUUAGAUGUGACGGACCAAGUUGUGUCCCCAAAACCCACUGAGUGCCAUAAAUCUGGUAAAACAUCUAUCAGUGCCAUAUCAGAAGGACUCUUGUUACAAGAUGCCUCCAAGAUGGACUGCUUCAGUCACACACUUUCAACCAACAAAAGUAGCUACACAAGCUGCAGUCCUCAGUUAUGCCACCUACUCAGUAAAGAACAAAGGAGACACAAUCUUCAGAAAGAAUCUUUAAUAUUUAUGAAAGAAGUUAUGGGUGAAUGUACUCAUGUAGCAAAUUUCUCAGUUCCAGUUGACCCAAGCCUCAUCAUAGAAGAUCCCUAUAUUCCACAACAGGAGUUCAAAGUCUACAAGAAAUUUGGCCUGGCUGUGAAAUCCGAUAUCUAG